UAUGAUCCCCCCCCCCCUCUUACACAUAAUAGCCUAUAUUGUCUGUGCGAUACUCUGCAAAAGAGAGAUCAUAGGAGCUCCGCCUCUUUGAUACCCAAACCGGACUGUCUAAAGGAGAGAAACCAACCAACCACAGAGGCUGCAUGAAAACCCCUCUGGUCUCCAUCACCAGGCAGCAUCAUCUCUUCUGUCUUCUGUCUGUGUCCGGUGUCAGGUGGAUGGAUGGAUCAGCUUCUGGGUGGGACUCCUGCAGCCAGCUGGAGUAAAGCAGCUCCAGAGAGGAUGGACAGUUUGGAGAGAUAUCAGUGAGUGAAGCGUGUUGAUGGGAACAACAUCGCAUACAUAUUCCCUGUUAUAUCUGUUGUGGUGAUACCUCCUCACUCACAGGCUAUACAAUACUCAGCAUCUGCAGAAAAAAACAUGCAUCUGCAGAAGAAAGUUAAAAAUCUAACAUCCAACUGCGUCAAGUAGUCAGUCCUCUGCGACAGGACUGCAACCAUGUAGCCAUGCACUUUUUAUUUGUAGUUGUGCAUUCAGAAGGAUAUUUGCAGCUUGCAGCCAUGCAGGACACUUGAACUCUGCAGGGAAAGCAGAUCCAGAGACAGAGAAGAGGUUUUUAUUGUCGCUCCUGGUCUUGCAGCUUUGUGCCAAAACAUGGCACGAUUACGCAGGAAAGCGUGCAUCGCUCUGUUCCUCUUCACGCUCUUCAUCUUCGGGACCAUGAUGGGACUGAGGACCCUGAAGCCCAGUGAUGGUUUCUCGGAUCUGGCUCCAGGUUUGGAGCUCCUGCCGGUGAAGAUGGACAGACACUCGUCCUCCACGUCUCCGGGUGGUCAAGCGCGUCCAGCUGGCAGCAACACCAAAGCGGUUCUGUCCAACUCCGGUCCAGAGGGAAUUAUAUUUUACGAUGUGCAUAUUUUCUACUACACCUGGUACGGAAACCAACACAUGGACGGUAAAUACAUCCACUGGGACCACAUCCUGGUGCCACACUGGGACCCCAAAAUCGCCUCCAGCUACCCGAGAGGCAGACACAUGCCUCCAGAGGACAUCGGAUCCAGUUUCUACCCAGAACUGAAUCCCUACAGCUCCAGGGACCCGGACGUGUUGGAGUCGCACAUGGAGCAGAUCGGAGCGUCUGCAGCAGGGGUUCUGAUCCUGUCCUGGUAUCCUCCCGGCCUGGCUGACGACAACGGGGAACCCGCUGAGGAUUUGGUACCAGCUGUACUGGAUGCUGCAUAUAGACACAACCUCAAGGUUGCAUUUCACAUCCAACCAUACAGAGGAAGAAACGACCAGAGCGUGCACGACAACAUCAAGUAUAUCAUUGACAGGUAUGGUGACCAUGGAGCCUUCUACAAGUUUACUUCCAGCACAGGGAAGAGUCUUCCUCUAUUCUACGUCUACGACUCCUACCUGACUCCUCCAGAGUCCUGGGCCGAAUUCUUGACUCCCACCGGCUCCCACAGCGUGCGCGGCUCAGCCUACGACUCCAUGUUCAUUGCGCUGAUCGUGGAGGAGCGCCACAAGCACGACAUCCUCGCGGGUGGUUUUGACGGCAUGUACACUUAUUUCGCCUCCAACGGCUUCUCCUUCGGCUCUUCUCACCAGAACUGGAAGGCCAUCAAGGCCUUUUGUGACGGCAACAACCUCCUCUUCGUCCCCAGCGUCGGACCCGGUUACAUCGACACCAGCAUCCGGCCGUGGAACAACCACAACAUGCGCAACAGGGUGAACGGUCGCUACUACGAGACGGCCCUGCAGGCGGCGCUGAAUGUGAGGCCGGAGGUCGUCACCAUCACGUCUUUUAAUGAAUGGCACGAGGGGACGCAGAUAGAGAGGGCGACGCCCAAAAAAACAGUGACCCGUGUGUACUUGGACUAUCAGCCACAUGGACCCGAUCACUACCUGGAGUUGACCCGCCGCUGGGUUGAGCAGUUCAACAAAGAGAAGGAGCAUUGGCUCAUGUGAGCUUUCGUCGAACUGAAACAGCAUGCUGUAGUGGAAGUGUGUGUACACAUAAAGGAGAAAGAACAAAGGAGAAUGUAGUGACUGAUCAGUGUCAAUGUGAGUCCACAAGGACAUGCUUUUACCUUUGACUUGACUGGGUGUGAGAGGUUCUGCAGGUAUGCACACAUGCAAAUCUGCAAUAACAGGACACUGUGUCGCUGGUGUGACUCAUCUCGGUUGAGUUUCUGGGUAAAGCAGCAUUAAAAGGGUGAUUCUCUGGUCUUUGUUCACUUGAUGCAACUUAAUGAACAAUUGUCUCAAACACACUGAGAAAACCGUCACAACGUACGGGCCUUGUCUCCCUCUCUACAGUUAAAUACUAGAAUUAAUUACAAUAGCACGACACUUUUAUAGUUUCACUUUCAUCCACGACUGGCUGUCAAAACCGAAUGAGAAACUGAUGGUGAUUUUUUUUGUGUAUUCGAAAUCGCAUGCUGUACUGCAUACUACAUACUCAAUCUGUAUGUACUGCCUAUUCAAUUGACGAUUAAGUAUGGCGUUACCAGCAGACUGAAGUAAACUCAGGCAAUAGAUCUUCUCUCCAUCACAUGACUGUAACGAUCACGAUGCUACAGAAUGAAAAUUGCUUAUCACAAAUAUAAAUCAACAUUACCUCUUUACUCAAUUAUAUAUUUUCAGUAUUAUUUCAAGUUAAAAGUAUAAAAUAUUUUUAUGUUUUCUACAGUACAUUAUACUGUAUAAGUGAGCUCCCGCACUUUCCCCCCCGAGGCCCUGAUCAGACAGAGCAUGUUUUGCAGGUUUAAAAAGCGAGGCACACCACACUGCCUUUUUUUGUUGAAGAAGCCCAAUCAUAAUUGUAUUGUUGCUAGGCAACCACCGAAUGAAUGCCAACGUUAGCUUCACACAAACCUUGAACUGUACGCUACCUAAUAGUUAGCACAGUUUAAAGUAAUGAAAACAACUUACCCAAAAUCUCAAGUACGGCACUAAUUUGCGUCCAGGCUUCAGAUCACGGUAACUACAGUUGGUGAAGUCAUAUAGAUCCGGGUAUCCAGCAAAAGCCACCACAAUGAGGAAAAAACGCUAAUGACAUUGGGCACUUUUCUGCAAAAACGCAAUGCAUUUUGGGGCAGUUGAGUGUGUCCAGUAAGCUCACGUCUCAUACUCAUAAAUUCUUGCUAAUCUAGCGUACAUCCGGGCAUUUCUCACAUACUCAAAAUCCAAAUACUGUGCAGUUGGAACGCAAUACACACUCAAUUUGAACUCCCUACUAAUUCUUACUAGUAUGAAUAGUAUUUUAGUAUGCGAUUUCGAACACAGCCAUGGUGUUUUGAAAGCAGUAAGUGGGGGUUUAGCAUGCAAGUAAAGAUAAGAGUUUAACAUUUUGGAAAAUACUUUAAUUCACAUUCUGGCAGACAGUUGGAUGAGAAGGUUGAUACCGCUCUCAUAUCUGCCCGUUAAACGGGGAAACAGCUGCCUGCUUCUGUCCAACGGUCAUAAAAGUACCAGCACCUCUAGAGAUAAUUCAUGAACACAUUAUACCUCAUUUGUUUAGUUAAGUGUGAAAAUGACUUGUUGGGGUUUUACGACUGUUUCUUGGCCAGGUGCAGUGACUUUCUGGUUGCCUGGCAACUUAAUGGUUACAUCAAUCAGUGUUCAUCGUGGGCACCUUCUGUCACUUAAGUAACAUCACCAGAAUCAGAAGUUAAGUGUUAAGGCCAAGGUUCAAUAUUUUGGAGUGGCUAUAUGAAUAAAAACGGACCACUUACUGGAGCACUCUGCUGUAUGGAUUGGUGUGAUUUAGAUUUGAUGAAAUCCUGCUGUCUAUUAAAGUAAAAGCUACUUUCAGACGGAGGCAUUUUUGAGAAUAAAAGUAUGCUCUUUGGUUGUGAAAGGCGCUUCU